AUGUCAGAUUCUAAUAUAACCUACUUCACCAACCCCUCCACCUUCAUCCUGCUGGGCAUUCCUGGCCUGGAAGCAGCCCAUGUCUGGAUCUCCAUCCCCUUCUGUGCCAUGUACAUCUUAGUCAUCUUGGGGAACUUCACUAUCCUGUUCACUGUGAAGAUGGAGCUGAGCCUCCAUGAGCCCAUGUACUAUUUCCUCUGCAUGUUGGCUGUCACCGACCUGGUCAUAUCCACAUCCACCCUACAGAAAAUGCUGAGCAUCUUCUGGUUCAAUUCCAGGGAGAUCAGUUUCAGUGCCUGCCUCAUCCAGAUGUACUUUGUUCACUCCUUCUCAGCGAUGGAGUCUGGGAUCCUUGUGGCCAUGGCUUUUGAUCGCUAUGUGGCCAUCUGCCAUCCCCUGAGACAUUCCACGAUCCUGAAAAACUCUGUUGUGGCCAAGAUAGGCCUGGCAGUCAUGCUGCAAAGAGGCAUACUCACAUUACCCUAUCCCUUAUUGGUCAGGCAGUGGCCAUAUUGCAGAACCAACAUCAUCCCCAACUUCUACUGUGGACAUAUGGCUGUGGUGAAGCUGGCCUGCACUGACAUUCGCAUCAGUAGUUACUAUGGACUGUUUAAUCUUUUCUCUGAGAUAGGAGUGGAUGUGGAUAUCACUGUGUCCUAUACUCUGAUCCUCCGGGCCAUCUUCCGCCUCCACACAAAGGAUGCCCGGCUCAAAACUUUUGGGACCUGCAUCUCUCAUCUUUGUGCCAUCUCCGCUUUGUACAUCCCAGUUUUCUUCUUCUCUCUCACGCACCGGUUUGGCCACAAUGUGCCCCGGAACUUCCUUGUUGUCAUUGUCAAUGUUUACCUGGUGGUGCCCCCCAUGUUACACCCCAUCAUUUACGGGGUGAGGACCAAACAGAUCCGGGACAGGCUGCUCCAGCUCUUUACUCAUAAAGAGACUUAA